AGAACUCAACCAGGAAGCGAAUGGCGGAAAUUUCUAUGGGAAAUUUAGAUCCACCUCACCAGAGCCAUAGAGAUCACCCUGUACCUCACCACUCACGCUUUCAGCUAGCAGUUUUUAGGUCAGAUCCGUUUUUGUCCUGAAUGGAGAGGCCAGCCGAGUAGACAGCAGAUGCCUCCAGCCCAGAACGGUGGAUGAUUUCGAAGAAACGAUGCCGUCGCGUCUAACUACCCGGCAGGAUCGGUAAGGUGUAUGGACGGAUAGCCUGCUGAGAGAGUCCUGUCACUGACAGCCUGCCACAUUAAACACCGACAUAUGGCCCUGCUCCUCAGCUAACCGAGGGAGACGACGUGAAAAGACGACCAAACUAGCAUCAUGUUCUUGAAAACAUCUUUCACCACUGUGAUUGUGGGGGUGUUUGUGGUGUACGUGCUCCACACCUGCUGGGUGAUGUACGGGAUAGUGUACACUAAACCCUGCGACAGCCCCAAAGGUGACAACUGUAUCACACCCUUCUUGGCAGGGAACCCAAAACUACAGUUGAGUAUCUACACUGCACUGCAGCCCAAUGCAGAGGGAGGACAUACUUUGAUCUACAAAGAGGAACAAUUUGAUAUCAAGAGCAAGUUUGAGAGAAUAGUAAAUGUCUCCCUUCCUAAGAAGACCCGCAACAAUGGAACUUUAUAUGCGCUAAUAUUUGUCCAUCAAGCUGGCGUCACUCCGUGGCAGGAUCCACAACAGGUCCACUUGGUGGCACAGCUUACCACAUACAUGGUCCCUAAACUGCCUGAAAUCUCCUUGAUAUCUGGCGAGGAUCAAACACAGAGUCAGAAAGAAGAAGCCCUGCAGGAGAGACGUGAUGGUGACCCUACAGCAGGGGGUGGAGCUGGUCCCACUUCCAAGGCCGAACACCCAGUUUCUCACUGGCGCACUCGCCUGACACUCAACAUUGUCAGCGACCACUUCCUGUUUGACAGAGAAUACCUGCCUAGUGAUGUCCACAGAUACCUCAGAGUAUUCCAAAAUGGUAAGAAGAUAGUUUAUCUACCUCUGCUAUUUGUUGAUGAGCUCAGCAAUCGGGUCAAGGACCUUGUGGAGAUCAACAGUACCUCCAUGGAGCUCCCUCUGACCAUCUCCUAUGACUCUAUCUCUCUGGGGAGGCUACGAUUCUGGAUCCACAUGCAAGAUGCUGUUUUCUCUCUGCAACAGUUCGGUUUCACAGAAAAGGAUGCUGAUGAGAUUAAAGGAAUCUUCGUGGACACCAAUCUGUACUUCCUGGCUCUUACCUUCUUUGUAGCUGCCUUCCAUCUCCUCUUUGACUUCCUUGCAUUCAAGAACGACAUCAGCUUCUGGAAGCAGAAGAAAAGCAUGGUGGGAAUGUCCAGCAAAGCAGUGCUGUGGCGUUGUUUCAGCACCAUAGUGAUUUUCCUCUAUUUGUUUGACGAGCAGACCAGCCUGCUUGUCCUCAUACCUGCCGGCGUCGGCUCUAUUAUUGAAGUAUGGAAGGUGAAGAAGGCCUUAAAGAUUCAGGUUUUCUGGAAAGGAGGCAAACCAACAUUCCUGUAUGGGAAAUCAGAUGAAUCGGAGAGGAGAACAGAAGAGUAUGAUACUCUGGCCAUGAAGUACCUCUCAUACCUCCUUUACCCGUUAUGUAUUGGAGGGGCCGUGUAUGCUCUAAUCUUCCUACGAUAUAAGAGUUGGUACUCAUGGCUGAUCAAUAGUUUGGUAAAUGGUGUAUAUGCCUUUGGCUUCCUCUUCAUGCUUCCUCAACUGUUUGUCAACUAUAAGCUGAAAUCUGUGGCCCACCUGCCCUGGAAAGCCUUUACGUACAAGGCAUUCAAUACCUUCAUUGACGACGUGUUUGCCUUCAUCAUCACCAUGCCAACGUCCCACAGACUGGCCUGUUUUAGGGACGAUGUGGUGUUUCUCAUUUACCUCUACCAGAAAUGGCUCUACCCAGUGGACAAAACGAGAGUAAAUGAAUACGGAAUUUCUUACGACGAAAAACCCAAAGGAAAGACUCACAAGGACUAGUGAGAAAAGACGUUUUGGCUUCCAUGAUCUGGUAUCUUGUCUUCAGUCCACAGGUAUCCAAUGAUUGGUAUUGGUCAUUUAGCAUCAACUGAGCGGCUUUAACAGUCCAGAGGCACCUGGGAAAAAUGUUUUGGGCUCUGUUCAAUUAGUUUUAAUGGACCAGACACAUCCACAUCCUUGUGUUUAUGACUUAACGUCCCAUUUUGCAAAUUGUUGAAAGGUCAACAUCUGGUUAUCUGCCUCAUGCAGUCUGGAGAAUGUUUUUGUUUUGCAGUGUGUAUAAUAAUGGGGCAGAAAGAUCAUAAAGAUAAACCUCUAACCCGUUUCAAACUGACUCAACAACUUGGGAAAAAAUGUUGAGCCUUCUAAACUAGAAAUUCUGUUCUUCACAAUCCACAAAGCCAGUCACAUUAUUUGUGUAUUGGAACAGCUCCAUGCUAUUAUUAUAUCAUUGAAUGUCUUUUUUUUUUUUUUUAUACCUGGAUUUCCAGCUUUGCAUUUUUGCAAAUACUGGUUUGGUUGUGCUAAAAUAAGCAAGAGUGUAUGUAGUGUGAUUUAUUACAGACGGGUGGGACAAAUUAAGAUGAAACUGACAUUAUUUUCAGAAUUUUAAUAGCGAUGUUAAAAAGGGAUUUAUUAUAAUUUUGAACAUUAUGUUUACAAACAUUUUAAUUAACUGACUGCAUACAUUUUGAGAAGAGCCAAGUUCAGACUCCUUUUGAAGAACUAAUAUAUCUAAAUACAUUGAUUUUCCAGAUAAUCAUUCCAUAAGCGCAAAGUCUGAUACCUCAGAGCUUUCAAUUACAGUUUCCCAGUCCUAAGUUGAUGUAUUGUUAGCUCAAUUAAUCAUUCCUGAUGCAGAAUUUGAGUCCUUUUCUAGAAAUUAUAUGAAAUUGUGCUAAUUAUGUUUGAAUAUUGCUUGGUGAAAAGGUUAACAAUUUGCCUCUUAGAAAUUUGUAGACAUUUCAAAUGAUUUUUAUCCCAAAUGAUCAUGAAGACAAAGCUUUCAUGUUUUAACCCUGGUACAAAUUCCAGAAUGACAGAUCCUGUUUAACCUUCCAGUUAUAUACACACAUGCUUAAAAUGACCGAGGAUGAUGAAGAUUCUGAUUUGUUGCCAUGGAGAUUGGGAUAACUUGCCUAAACAUUCUUAAACUUUACUGUUCCAGAAUAUGUUGAGUUGAACUCUCCUGAGUCCACACAUUAAACAAUACUGACUCCUAUUACACUGUUUAAGCUGCCUACAUAUGAUAAGAGGUAAAACCACGACGUAGGGUGCAGGUCUAUGUCAUCAUUGCUUCUGGCUUUGGUUGAGCCUUUAAAGGUCAGCCAAAAUAAGAUCAAAGUUGAAAUCCUUUAAACUUUGAGUGCAGCACUUGCCAGCAAUUCGGAGCAGUGCGUUACGCCGAGGUAUAGUACUUCCUCUCUUGUUUUCUGCUCUGCUCUUCCAAAAGGAAAACAAUGGCACAGCCAGCGCAGAGCGGUUUUUACCGUGGAUCAUGUGUAGGGGGCUGAACACAGGAGGGUACCUCUGAAAGCCAUAGAGACCUUUCCAUCCACUCUAGUUUUGUAGUUUUACCUGCUCGAGUAUUUUUUACAUAAUAGGGCCAAGUAAAUAUGUUGGUGCCAAAUGUGAGAAUGAUUCUUUAAACUACUUCUGAGCUUUGUGUGUUCACCAUAAAUGGUCCAUCUGAUGUUUCUAAAUGUACACUGACAUUGUGAGAGAAACAGUAAAUGGGAAGACUUGAGGAAAGUAUUACUAUAUUUGGAUUUACAGUCACAUUUUGAUUUUUCUUCCAGAGUUCUAUUGUUUUAUUUUUGUUUUUUUAAAUAGAAGCUAUUAGGAUAAAUUAUGUCUGUGCACAAAGAUCAGCACAGCACAGUUUUUCUAUGCAUGUGUAAUAAGGCCAGGAGAGAUUUGCCAGAUUAUUGCCUUGAAAUGGUUUUCCUCUUUUGUAAUAUUUGUUUUUGGUUGUGAUUAAAUAAAAUUGUUGACUGAA